CAUAAGGUGACAUACACUUGAUUGGUUGUCGCGGGGACCGCGCUAGUGAUUUUUUUGCUGUGCAAUAUUUUUAUAAUAAAUAAUAAAUUAAAUUAUAUGUAAAAACAUUCUAAUUGUAAAAUAUGAAUAAUAAUUAUAUUAUUGAAAUUGCGGCUAAUACAAUACCGAAAUUGGCUUUUGUUUUUGUGGUGUUUUUAGUACUACAUAAAUUUUAUGUAAAAGUGCGAUCAAAAACUAAGACUACCGUGAAUUGUUGGUUUUGCAAUGAAAAUACCAAAGUCCUAUAUGUCGAAUCCAACAGUUGGACCUGUCCAAAAUGUGAGCAAUAUAAUGGAUUUAACAAAAAUGGGGAUUGUAAUCGCCUAAUAUAUGAGAAAUAUGACUGCAGCAAUCUAACUACUAAUAAAAUACAAUUUGCUGAUCCCUCAUCAACACCACUUACCUCAUCACCGCAAAAUGGACUUUGUAAAGCAUGUAAUGAAGCCCAAAAUUGGAUAGUAGAAAAACGUGCAGAAUUUGAACCAACGAAAGAAAAUCGUUUCGAUCAGGAAUUUAAGGUCUACAAGUAA